CUUAUAGAAGUAUGCUUUUGGAAACCUAUCCGAUGCUACAAGCUUCCUUAACACACAAAAUGUACGCGGUUAAGUGCAGUAAUAAAAUGAAAACUUCGGUACAAACAAAUUCAAUUUAGUGAUUUUAGUUAUUCAAUAUCAUAAGCACAUACUUGAUAUUGUUUCAGUCAAAUAAAUAACAGUGUUAUUGAUAAAAGAAGAUUUGAUUAAGCUAUGUUUAGUCUCACUAACUUUUUUCUGAUUUCUUUGAUCUGCAGCGUUUUUGGUGCGCCAUUACAUGAGGAAUGGUCGAAUAAGAAAACAGCGACAUCAAAUAUAUUGCGCCAACAGCUGCUAAAAGAUCCAACUGAAGAUAAUUCAUCACAUCAUGCGCUUGAAGAAACCAACAUCCCUCAAAUUGUCGAAAAAAUCAGGUCUGUGGAUCUUUUCAAAGCAAAAGUUUCCAAACGUAUUAAUUCAUCUAGUGUGAUACUUCAUUUUCCUGGUAUGAAAACAAAACUAUUGGAAACAGCUGUGGAAAAGUUUAAAUUGUGUGAAAUAGCAAGAAGCACAAGUAGUGAAACAACUCAAGAAAUGGAUCAUUCGUGUUUAGGAAUUGCUACCGCACAAAUGAUGAGUUUAAUUCAUGCUUUUGAGAAGAAUCCUUCCAUGCAUUUUUGAAGAAUGAACAUACUGGAUUGUGAAUAAUAAAAAGGUUUAAUAUUGUGUAUUGAAAAGUUUCAAAAUAAAUCCGCAGAUCAAUCUAGUUUAAUAAAUUCUUACAUAAUUGUGUCUACUGUUUAUGAAAA